AUGGCGAAGCUUCAAUCACUGUUGAGUUCUGAAUUUCUUGCCUCGGGUUCGAGCAAAGAACUAUUCUUGUUUAUUCAAAAAGUCACCGAGUCCAAAAGUAAAGCGGAAGAACAUUCUCAUGUGAGUGCUGAGCUCCAAACCUUGUCACAUAAAAUGGGCCACCCCGAUGUCCCUCCUACAAGGAUGAAGGAUUAUUUGAUACGAUUGAUUCAUGCUUUUAUGCUCGGUUACAAUGUCGACUUCGGAGUAAUUUAUGCCAUUAUGACGACUCAAAGCGGAGAAACCGCGCUGCAGCGUCGCGUAGGUUAUUUGUCUUGUGCUCUGUUUCUUGAAAAAAAUAACGAACUUGCCAUUAUGCUCAUCAAUACCCUGCAAAGAGAUCUAAAGAGUACCAGUUAUUUGGAUGUGUGUGCGGCGCUCACCAUGAUUUGUUACGUUGAGCAUCCCGAAAUGCAGGAUGCCCUGCUUGAACCCGUCAUACGGACAAUGGGAUUUGAAAAAGAAGUGGUUCGUAAAAAGGCUGUGGUAGCGCUGUUUUCUCUUUCUCGACAAUCCCCCCGUUUGAUGAACCGCAUAGAACCUCAUCUGCGAGAAGCGCUGUCAGACAAGGAUCCGAGCGUUGUCUUUGCCGCACUUAAUGUGUGGAAAUCUAUUCUUACCACUACCUCUGCAGAACGUUACAAGGAUCUUUUUCCAACCGUGCUACAGAUAUUUCAACAGCUCUUGGACGGACGCUUUCCACGUUCCUAUAUCUAUCACGGUGUUCUGGCACCGUGGGCACAAAUAGCAUGCCUACGAAUGAUGGCCAAUUUCCAAGUCAGCAAUAUUGGUUCACCUCAAGAUAUCUACAAGGUGACCGUGCAAUGUCUAGAGCUGAUGGCCCACAAAGUGGAUGCUGCCUAUGCCAUUAUCCUGGAAUGCGUGCAACUGUUGUCGGAAAUCGAUCCGUUGGUGCUUCAUUCACUUGUUUCUCGCGAAUCGCAUCCAUUGGACAUUCUGAAUCAAUUUUUACAUGCUGGCAAUCACAACCUUAAAUACCUGGGUCUGAAGACCCUGGGAUCGAUAGACGUCAGUCUUUGGCCCGAUGAAUGGACAGAUGGCGCCGUAAUUGGCAAUAUGCUUGAAAUUGCCAUGAACGAUGAUACGAUUGUCACCAUGGCACUGCAAAAUUUGGAUAGAAUCAUGAGUGGAUCGGUAUUGAAGCAAAUAGGUGAUCACAUUAAAAACGCGAUCCGUAACAGCCAUGAAACACCCGAUACGCAAGCUCAUGUGGCUCGUUGGUUCAUAAACCAUUGCACCCGUGAAAAGCUUUCCGACGCUUGGUGUAUGGAAAUGGUCCUUUUCAUUUUAGCCCAAACCCGACGAUCUCUCGAGACAAAUUAUGUCCAAGCCCAGUGUCAAUAUCUAAAGAACUUGCUGGACGACGAAAUCCACGAAACGGAACUGCGUGACAUGGCCACAGAGAUGUGCUUCAAUAUACUCAAACAAUGUCAAAGCCCCUAUUUAUCAGCACCAUUGAUUCAGUUCUGUUUUUGGAUGCUUAGUGAAUAUGCUUAUUUGUCAAAGACGAUUUCUGAGACAGAUAUUAUGAAGCAAUUGCAAAAAUGGAUUACGUUAUUGGAUGAUGACUACUUGCAAAUUCAUGGACUGCAAGCGUUGGAGCACUUUAUGAAGCGAAGCCAAACAGUGAUCCCAGGGCUGGAAAGCAUAUUACAAAAUUUCCGCAUUUCGCCUAUCGCGGAAAAACAGCAAAUUGCGGUGCAUUUGCUCAACAUGAUAGAUGACCGAGCGUUUCGAUUGGCGGUGCAAGGGACCGAUAGUGUAACCAUUCCAACAACGAAUGUGUUAUCAGCCAAUGCCAAUCGCCCCCAUCACGGUCGCUUCCUAACCGAAUCUGCACCGUCUCCGCGACGACAUUUGCACGAUAUUACGCGAGCACAAUCAUUUAUUGGCAGUGGUGAUAAAGAAACCAGUAACCCUCUUUCUACCCAUCGGCACGAGCCAAUAAGGGACCGGAGCUUAAAAGAGACCGCCGAAUCCAAAAACGGGAAGCGUCAUUCUCCUCUUUCCACACACACUAGUCCUCAACAACGACGUGAAAUAUGGACGCAGGAUGCCAGCGAGUCCAUGUUAUCGAGUCUGAUUGCUUUUGACUUGGGAGAAGAUCAGCCUCAACCGUCAUUUCAUAAUUUGAACACGGACACGUUUGGAAAACUGUGGCUCGAAUACGGGAGUGAGAAACAUAAAACAAUGGACUGGGGCACGCGAUCGAUUCACGCCUUGGCCGACGCUGUAAAGCAAGCAUGGUCUUUACAUAUUGUCCAAAUUAUCGGGCAAGAAUUUAUUGCCGUCGAUACCCUAGAUGGCAGCUCGCGCCCCGUUCUCAUUCACAUGGCUCUAGACCAUGAUACCAUCAUUCAAAUGACAGUGCGGGCACCGUCUCCAAAGGGGCUUGGACGAUUUAUGCAGUCUAUAAGCUGUUGA